CUCUUCCUUAAUAUUCUAUUCUCCUCUUGUCGUUUUACCAUCAUUUACUACUUACUACUACAACUACUACUACAACUACUACUAUUACAACUAUAUGGGUCUUACAACGGGUCUCGAAAACGGGUUUUAUACUGGUUUUUUUUUUCGCCUCUUUUUUCUUUUUCUUUCUUUUUUUCCUUCUCGCGUUUCUCAUCAUAUGGAGUUUUCUUUUAAUCCUUGGCAUGGCUGGGUGUGCGGGUUUAUAUUAUUAUUAUUCUUCUUUUCUUUUCUCUUUUCUUUUCUCCUUUCUCUUCUCUUUUUCUUUUCUCCUUUCUCUUUUCUCUUUCUAUUUUUCUUUCUAUUUUCUCUUUCUCUUUCUCUUUUCUCUUUCUUUUCUCCUUUUCCUCUUUGCUGUAUUUCUCUCUCUCUCUCUCUCUCUCUCCCUUAUGGGUGGUCUUCUUGGCGCUAAUGGAGUAUACGGUGGCUCACGCCUUGGCUUGGUUGGGACAGGUCUAUUCUUGAUUGGAACCUCGAUGCCUUGGCUGCAUGCAUAAUGUUGGGGCGGUUGGGAUUUUUGCCUUGUUGUGUUUUCCGGCGUUUCUACAACAAAAGUACAUGUGGAAAUGGCUUUUUGUGGGCUUUUGGGCCUCUUUAGUGUAGACAGUUUUGAUAUUUGCUUGCUGGUUAGUGUAUUGAUACUAAUGGUAUCUGUUAUGUCGUCUUGCCUG